AUGACCAUCACCUCCACCCAGACUGCCACCUCGGUUCUGCACCUCUCGGGCAACCAGGCCGAUAGCGCCGAUCAGUACAACCUCGCUGACUUCCACUUUGCCCCCAUCCGCGAGUCCAUCGUUGCCCGCGAGAUGGUCAAGCGCUACAUGGAAGACAUGCUCGAGUACGCCGAGAGCGAUGUCGUCAUUGUCGGCGCUGGCUCGGCGGGUCUCUCCUGUGCCUGGGAGCUCUCCAAGAACCCCAACCUCAAGAUCGCCAUCAUUGAGCAGAGCGUCUCGCCCGGCGGUGGUGCCUGGCUCGGCGGCCAGCUUUUCUCGGCCAUGGUUGUCCGCAAGCCCGCUCACAAGUUCCUGGAUGAGGUUGAGGUUCCCUAUGAAGACUGCGGCGACUAUGUCGUCAUCAAGCACGCCGCCCUCUUCACCUCGACCGUCCUCAGCAAGGUUCUCCAGCGCCCCAACGUCAAGCUCUUCAACGCCACUGCCGUCGAGGAUCUGAUUGUCCGCAAUGGCACCGUUGCCGGUGUUGUCACCAACUGGGCCCUGGUUGCCCUCAACCACGAUACCCAGUCGUGCAUGGACCCCAACGUCAUCGAGGCCAAGGUCGUCGUUUCCUCGUGCGGCCACGACGGACCCAUGGGUGCUACCGGUGUCAAGCGCCUCCAGUCGAUUGGUCUGGUCAAGAAGCUCCCUGGCAUGUCCUGCCUGGACAUGAACGCUGCCGAAGACAAGGUCGUGGAGUACACCCGUGAGGUCGUGCCCGGCAUGAUUGUCACUGGCAUGGAAGUUGCUGAGCUCGACGGAGCCCCUCGCAUGGGCCCCACCUUUGGCGCCAUGUUCAUCUCUGGACAGAAGGCUGCCCACUGCGCGCUCAAGGCUCUGGGUCUGCCCCACAAGCUCAACUAA